AUUUCUUAUGACUGUAUGCAGAAUUCAAAUGUUUGUUCAAUUUAUGCAGGAAAGAAGCUCAAUCCGUUCCCACUUUUUGGAAGUGGAGGAGGAAACUCUGUGCCUUCUGGUUCUGCAACUCAAGAGGGAAAGCCAGUUCUUAAUGAAGAAGGGUGCUUUGAUCUGCAUUGGUUUCUUCGCAAGAGAAAAGUUACGGAUGGAAGAAAGUUAACCGAGCCAGCUGGGCAUAACACUCAUCCUUUUCCAAAUGGAAGACUACCAUCAGCCAAAGACGAUGCCACUGACGAUAAAUCCCCAACCCCUAAGAAACCUUCAGGAACUCCUCCAGCAAAAGGACCCACACAUCCCGGCAGUAUUUUUGAUCUUGGAGAGGAAGGUGGCUUCAUUCCUGGGGCAAUGCCAUCAAAGAAACCACCAAGUGAAAUUAAAGAGAAUAAAGGAGAUGAUUGGCGAAUUCCAAUGGAUGACCCAGGAGCUUCAUCAUCAACAGCGGAUUCCGGCAGUACACAAAGACCAUUACCUCCAGUUGAAGUUAAAAAAACCAAAUCACUGGAGAUUGUAAAAUGCAUAGUAUAUGGAGGUUUAAUAGAGUCAAUUACAAGCUUGGGUGUGAUUUCCUCUGCAGCUGCUUCCGAUGUUGACACAAGUAAGUAAUUGAGACCUUUUUUCUAAGUUU